AUUUUAUGAAGUGUCAAACUGAAUUUUAGCUCUUACAUAAAUACGAUAGCCAACAAUAUUUAUUUUUCUAUCGCUGUGAAUAGCACGAGAAGAAAAAUGUUCACAACAAUAUUACGCCGAAUUUCACAAGUCGCUUCAACUCAACGAGUUGCUGUCGCAGGCUAUUGCCAAAAAAUCUACAAGGUGCCAUCAGACGAUGUGAGCAAUGCCACUAAAUUCAAAGAAGCGCCCAUUGUUGAUAACACCAAAAUUCUUGAAGAUGAACAAAUCUUACGUGAACGAGAAAAUCAAUCAAAAUAUUUGACGAUCCCCGUAGAAAAAGAUUUAACGGCAAUCUCUGGCGUUCCAGAAGAGCACGUCAAAACAAGACGCGUUCGUAUUUGUCUGCCAGCUAAAAAUUCCAUGCAAAGUGGCACGAACAACUUAGAUUAUUGGAAAAUCGAAUUUGAUGCACGCGAACGAUGGGAAAAUCCUCUUAUGGGCUGGAGCUCGACUGGUGAUCCUUUGUCGAAUUUACAAGUGGAGUUCGGAACCAAGGAAGAGGCGAUUGCACAUUGUGAAAAGUAUGGCUGGAAAUGGUAUGUUGAUGGUGAAGAAAAAAAAUCCGUCAAACGCACCAAGAACUAUGGCAUUAACUUUUCAUGGAAUAGACGUACUCGUGUCUCAACCAAAUAAGAAUGUUCAAACAUCUGUGUGAAUUUAACAUUGCAAACAUGAAAUGGGAAUAAAAACGCAAACUCUAGAAUAAUGCAAA